UCACCCUCCUCUCCGUCGGCCCCUCCCCCCCGACCGCAGGUUGGGGUGACGUCACACAGCUAGGCGCGCCCACCUGCGGGCGGGGGAAGGGCCGGCUGUUACCAAUAGACCUUGAGAGGUCACCGCUGGUCUCCCCCUGCCCUCAAUUCCUCUUUAGGUCCAAUCCAGUCCCCUUCCUCAGCAUUCUCUUCAUUUUUCAGGUUCCCAAAACCUGGAAGCGGGCAUAGGGUUGCGGAUGUGGUUCUCCGAGGGGUUCAGGGACUAAAUUCCAGAUGGGAAAGGGGGCAUGGGAGCGCAGUUCCUCCCUUUGCUGGAUCAUAAAUUCACCAGGUUCAUUUAAAGGGAGUUGGUCCUUCCUAGACCCCCGUAGGUCUCAGUUGAAGGAGGGCAAGGGGGCUCCUGGCUGGUGUAGUUAGAAGGGGCUCAUCUGGGAAGGCUUCCGGGAGAUGGCAUAGAAGCUGCAGACUAGGGGUAACCUAUCCCACUGAGCAUGUUUUGCCUGUCCUAAUCCCUAGGGCAGAAGAUUUAGUAGAUGGGUGCCAAGUUCUGGAUUUUGUCCAGCUGACACUUGUCUAAUUUCCAUGCUUGUCUUGGAGGAGGGCGGUUCCCAGGGUGGGGCAUCCCCUCCCCGCAAGAUCUCGUGAACUGAAGCAAGACUCUUCUGGUCCUGACUUGUGCAUUGCUCUCAAGGGACUUGUCCAUGCUGUGUCAUUUUCCAUGGCUACAUUAUCAAGGAGUUUGGGUUUUCUCUAUUGCCGUGUUCGGGCCCAUAGUCAACGAGGGCUAUGUAAACGCGGACAGCGGUCCAGAGCUGCGUUGCGUCUUCAACGGAAAUGCGGGCGCCUGUCGCUUCGGCGUCGUGCUGGGUCUCGGGGCCUUCAUCGCCUGCGCUGCCUUCCUGCUGCUGGACGCGCGUUUUCAGCAGAUCAGCAGCGUCCGAGACCGUCGCCGCGCAGUACUUCUGGACCUGGGCUUCUCAGGGGUCUGGUCCUUCCUGUGGUUCGUAGGCUUCUGUUUCCUCACCAAUCAGUGGCAGCGCACAGCGCCAGGACCAGGCACUGCACAGGCUGGGGAUGCGGCGCGGGCCGCCAUCGCGUUCAGCUUCUUCUCCAUCCUCAGCUGGGUGGCACUCACCGUGAAGGCCCUGCAGCGGUUCCGCCUGGGCACCGAUAUGUCUCUGUUUGCCACAGAUCAGCUAGGUGCUGGGGCUGCUCAGGCCUACCCAGGCUACCCAGUGGGCAGUGGUGUGGAGGGCACAGAAACAUACCAGAGCCCGCCCUUCACCGAAACCCUGGACACCAGCCCCAAAGGGUACCAGGUGCCUGCCUACUAGUAGCUGUUAGGCUUCGGCCAGGGCUGGAAGGCCACCUCACCAUCGUAGGCCUCGAGGCCUCCUGGGACCUUUCCUGGGUCCUACCGUCCCAGUGCCAAGGACAGAGAAAGUGGCCACUGUGGGUCUCUGGGACCAAGGGGAGUAGCCUCCCUAGGAUUCCUGGACUAUCCCCACAAAGUUUCCCUUAGUUAGAGGUCCCAGUUCUAAGGCCCUCUGAGAAAAAAAAACAGUACUGCCUGAAGUGGGCUGUCCUGGGAAGCAUUCCUUUCAUGGGCCAGCCAACCAUGGGCUCACCUGUCCACUCUAGGGUCAGAAGUCCAGCGGCCUUCCAGGGCAGGGUGCAAGGGCUUCUGAGGAUAAAGGAGAGGGGAGCCUAUUUGCACCCUUAGGUUAUGGCCCUUGUUCCCAGUCCCAUGUCUCUGUGGACAGUGACUGCCCUGGCUCCUAUCAUUGUGGUCCACCCUGUCCAGAGGCCCCCUCUACUUUCCUCUUGCAGGAUUCCCUAGAGCAGCUCAGCCCUGUCGGUAUUGUGAUUGUGAUUAAGUCUUCAGGUUUCAUCUCAUAGUGCCCCCAUAAGCUGCCCCUCUCUGUGUGGCUCCUGCCCAGAUGUGGGUGCUUCUGCCCAGGAAGGCAUAGACAGCUAUGGGCCUGGGUACCCACUCUUCAGUAAGACCUUCCCUAGGGAAGAGUGAGACAGCUGGGUACCUGGGUAACAGGCAAGACAAGCCUCUUACAAGGUCUCAUCUGCCCAGGGUGUUGCUGAAGGGUCAUUCCUGUAAAUGGCUUAACCUUGCUUCCUGAACCAGUCCCCCCAUUCUAUUGUCCGUUCCCUUUUAAGGCCCAGACCAGGUCCCUGUGCGUAGCAAACUACUCAUGCAUUGCUCGAAGCUGGCUUUUCACAUCAAGUCAAACCAAAUGCGUUGCCAUAUCUCAUUCUUCCAGACAAAAUGCCUCCCUGUGGAGUUGCAGUUGAAUGACAACCCUGUACGUUGUAGCAUAGACCAGUUAUGUGGAUAUUUAAGUGAUCAUGUUUACAAUUUUUGUAUAUAUGGAUCUAUUUCUCUCUCUUCUGAAAGAACAAUCCGUGAUUGUGUAUUUUCAGUGUCCCCUGUUAUAACUGCAACUUCUUUACAAUAAAGACUGUAAAUGCAUUGGCCACA